UCGGAAAUAUACUAAAGAAAGAAAGAAAACCCCAACGCUCUGUUGCGACGCGUGGAUGUAUGGUGGACCCCUUCUCUCUCCCUCUCCCUCUCCCUCUCUCUCUCUCUCUCGCUCUCAGGCUUAGAACUCUUCAAAACUAUAAACAGACAAACAAUCUUAAGUUCCUAUCGUCGUCUUCUUCGAUCUUCAUCACACUAGCCAAACCCUAAUCUCAGAGAGCGAUGGAUCCCAAUCCGAAAAGCUUCCCGAUUCUCUCCUACGUCAUGGCCCGACUACCUUCUCUCGGACCCAGACCUGAUGCUCCCAACUCCGAAUUUGACCUUGAACAGCAACCGACGCCGCACUCCAAGCCACCCUCAGAUCCUUCUUCUUCUUCGUGUCAGGUCCGAAUUGAGGACGACAUGCCUCACUUGACCCACCCGGGGGUCCUGGCCUCUAUGACCCGCGCUAUCUCCGACGUCGCCCAGACCCGAUCUGUGCUUUAUACCCUGGGUCCCCGCCCCGACCACGAGGCUGUCGACAAUGCCAGGUCCAAGCUCGCUGAAAUCGAAGCCAACCUGGCUAAACAGCUUGAGGAAAUUGUGCUCUCCCCCCGCCCGGCCGACGUCGACCGCCUCCAGUGGCGAUCGCACCUCGCGGAGCGUGAGGACGACUACAGGAGGUCGGCCGAUAAGGAGAAACUAGCCUUUAAGGCGGUGCUCGCGGUGGACGAGAUGCACGACGCUUACGAGAAGCUUCUGAAGGAGGCGGAGGAGAGGCUGGAGAAGAUUUAUGAGACGGCACAGACCACGGCGGGGGAGUAUUCUCCGGAGGAUGAGUUCCCGCCGAAGACUGAGGAGCCGAACGAGGAAGUGAUUGGGAUUUUGCAGGCGGCGUCUGGGGAAGGAUUGAAGCAGGUCGAUUUGUCGGGUCGUAGGUUGAGGUUCUUGCCGGAGGCUUUCGGUCGGAUUCGGAGCCUGGUUGCGCUUGACAUUUCGAGUAAUCAACUUGAGGUCAUCCCUGACUCGAUAGCGGGACUAGAAAAUCUUGAGGAGCUUAACGCCUCAUCUAAUUUUUUGGGGUCUCUGCCUGACUCAAUUGGCUUGUUACAAAAACUGAAAAUUCUGAACGUCUCAGGAAACAAGCUGGGUUCCCUCCCUGACAGUAUUUGUCAUUGCAGGUCAUUGGUGGAGAUGGAUGUGAGCUUCAACAACCUGACAUAUUUGCCAACAAAUAUUGGUUAUGAAUUAGUAAAUCUAAAGAAGCUUUCAAUACAUUUGAACAAGAUUCGUUCCCUUCCCAGUUCUGUGUGUGAGAUGAAGUCUUUGCGCUGGUUGGAUGCUCACUUCAAUGAGCUCCAUGGCCUUCCUCUUGCGAUUGGAAGAUUGACUAAUCUUGAAAUUCUCAAUCUUGGCAGUAAUUUUAGUGACCUAAAGGAACUCCCUGACACAUUUGGUGAUUUGACAAACCUCAAGGAACUUGAUCUCAGCAACAAUCAAAUCCAUGCUCUUCCUGAUACAUUUGGUCGGCUUGACAAUUUGACCAAACUCAACUUGGAACAAAAUCCUCUUGUAAUUCCGCCAGCUGAGGUUGUGAGUGAAGGAGUUGAAGCUGUCAAAGUUUUUAUGGCUAAAUGGUGGCUUGAGAUACUGGCAGAGGAAGAAAGGAAGAGCGUGCUUGAAAUGCAAGAAAAUGCCCAGACCGGAUGGUUGACUCGCAGUACCUCAUGGGUGAAAAAUUAUGUUUCAAGUGUUUCAGAUUAUAUGGGGUCUCCCAGGGGAUCUCCUAGGGACCCUUAUCUUGAUCAGCAGCUAUGAUGCUGAUAAAUUUGAUUUUGAUGUCUCACUUUCUUUUGCCCGAAUGUGAAGCUGAUGUUACGCCUUAAGGUCAAAGAGAUGGCCAUGAUCUGCUCAAUCUUCUCACUUCUUAUUUUUCACUACAUCCAGUCAACCUCCAGGGUGACUGAGCAUCUUCAGAUUUUGUUCUCUUUCCAGUUCAGUUGUUUGGGUAUAAAGAGUUUUGUAGGAAAUCUAAUAGGUAUGGCCUGCUGUGACUUUUAUUUUUGAUGACAGUAGUUGAUUUUGCUUAUGGUUGUACAUCCAGUAUAAUCUGGAUUAUCAGAAUUUUUGCACCCAUCUUUUUGCAGCUUUCACCACUUCAAACAAAAUUGUCCAGCUCCUUGCCUUAGGGAACAUCAUGCUAUAAGGCAGCCAUGUUGACCUGCAAUGUCAUGCCACAGCAGAAGAUAAACUGUCAGUGCUUUUUAUUUUUUAUUUAUUUUACUUUUAUGCA